AUGUGGUCGGUGAAUAUCGUAUUGUUGAUGACACUUAGUUUGUUGGAUCAAGUCAAAAGUCAGGCAUGCCAAGGUGCCACUCAGUACGAUCAAUGUUCAUCGAACAUUGCAUGUGGCUGCCUUCCUCUAAUGAAUAUUGACAAUAGUAGCAUUUGUGUUUUACUUCAUGUCAAAUGUUCUGAUUUAGUAUCAUGUGCAGAAAAUAGCCGAGUAUGCUAUCGACCUGCUCAUCAAUGUGUGAGGCAUCCACAAUGCCAUAGUACGCCAGUGUGCUAUCCAGAGGCCAUGGCUCUUCAAGUGUUAUGUCCACCGAUACCAGCAACGACGACACCAUCGUCAGUGGUACCCGACGAUGGUAUUUGUGAAAAUGCUAUAUGGAACAUAAAUGGGGCCACUGUAGCUGGAGGAAAUGGAGAAGGGUCAUACACAUUGGAUGUCCAGCAGCAAGGUCUGAAUAUUUCAUCUGAUGUACAAACCUUUUAUAGAAGACAAACAAAAUACAUAACAUUGUGGCAUAGAAGAAGGUAA